AUGGUCAACUGCUCGUCCUUGAUCAGGAGUUCAUCCCCAAAAGAGACCAAAUUAGGCAGUCGUAGCGCCGUACAGACAAAAGAAGAUAGGGAGCCGCCAAUUUCCAAAACCCUUCACUCAGGGAGCGAAAAAGGGCCGGACAAACCGUGCUUCCCGAGCGGAGACCACCGACGCCACCGAACCGCUUUCACCCGGGAACAACUGUCCCGCCUCGAGCAGGAGUAUUGCACUGAGAGCUAUGUGUCCAGGCCCAGAAGAUGCGAGUUGGCUGCUGCGUUGAACCUUCCAGAGACGACCAUAAAGGUGUGGUUCCAGAACCGUCGGAUGAAGGACAAACGGCAGCGGCACACGCUGAGCUGGCCCCUCCCGCUGGACCCCAACGUUUACGCCUACAUGAUGAGCCAGGCGGCCAGUCUGCCGUACCCCUUCUUACCGCCCAUCCCGCUGCACCUGUACGCCCACCUGGGCCCGGGGGGCUCCCCUACACCUCCGGCCCAUUUUGGGAGGCCCCUGGAUCCUCUGCACCUCCCCCACCACCCCUUCCCCCGACACGAGCUGCUGGGCAGCCUCCCACAGCCCCCCCUCUACCCCCCCGGCCACGGGAUGCACCAUCCCGCCACCUGCCUCUGCGCAGUCUGCCUGCACUGGGGGCCGGACCACCUCCGCAAGAGUAGGGGGGAGGCACUGCUCAGACCCUCUCCUAAUCCCAAAGCCCCUGUUACCGCCCUGGAGAGGACCGAAGAUUCACCCCUGCCCAAAUAACGUUAGCUCUCUUUCGGGAUAAGCCAAAUUUUGGUACAUACAGUUUCCAGCUUGCAUCCAAUCGUUAAGGAUGUUUUUUCUUCCUUUUUUUUGGCGAGAAAGAAGUUUGAUAUGAAAUGUGUGCUUGUCUUUGUUUAAAUGUUAUUUAUUUGUACCAGUGCAAGUGUGGAAAGCUACUGUUUGCUGCAAACCAAAUGUAGCAUGUGAUAGAGCUAAUUAUGGAGGUUUUAUGUGAGGUAGUUUAAGAAGGCAAAUGUUAAGGAAAGAAAACUUCCCUACUGUGAGUACAGGCAAAUCAUUUUCCUGUUCUGCUUUUAUAUUAGUACAAUUGUUAUAAAGAACAGUAGUUGUUUGUGUACAAAAGAGAAUAUCUUAAAGACAAAGAACUAAUCAUACCAGUCCUUUUUUUUACCAGAACAGGUUAUCUGCAAAGGACUGAGGAACUUCUCUGAUAAUUUACCAUAAAAUUGCAAUGCUAAAUCAUUUCACUGUUAUAGAACUUAAACAAUGCUUCCUCAAAUGCCAUAGCAAUAUGAAAGAAGGACGUUUAGGUUUGAUCUGUAGGUCAGAGGUUGGAUAAAUAAUGGAAAUACCUAAUAAUACAUUGAUAUCCAGGAAAUAAAAAUGGGUAGGGCAGUGCUUUCCAACCCUGUUCC